CGAGUGACCAGGAAGAACUUUAAAUCUUUGGGGGAGCUCUCAUCACAUCCUGCCUGAAAAAGUUUCUUGGAUUGUUGCUGCUGGUGUCAGUGCUAUGGGAAGCUGGUGCCUGAUCCUCUGUGCAGGUGUCAGUGUCCUGCUGGCUCUGUCGGGUGUGAAAGGGAAGAAUUCUGGAGCUUUCUGUCCUUCUUGCACGGAAAACGCUGACUGUCAUAACAGUACCCACUGUGCUUGUAAAGAUGGAUUCCAGUCCAGGUCUGGGAGGAAAUACUUCAGUGAGCCCUACGAGAAAUGUGAAGAUAUUGAUGAGUGUGUGACUGGGCUGGCAAAUUGCAGGCAGAGAGCAUACUGCAAAAAUACAAAUGGAAGUUUCUACUGCAGCUGUCUUAUAAAAUAUCUUCUCUUUGACUGGUUGGCUAGUUUCAUUGACUUUGAUUAUACAGAGUGUUAUGGAAGUGUAUUCAGAGGGAAAGAAAGCAUGAUAUCCAACAACAAGCACAUACAACGCUGCCAAAGGAAAGCAGCAACAGAGCUAGGAACUGUUUCCUUCUGUGCACAAAUGAACACGGCCUUCAGAAUUCUGGAUGAUGCCUGGAGCAACCAAACCACCACCGUUUCUCUGAAGGAAACGGCUGAGAGCUUUGGCACUGUGCUUGAACAAACACACACAUGGUCCACCUUUACCAAGGAAGAGACAUCCACCAUGGCCACGGUCUUGCUGAAGAGUGUGGAGAGUAUCAUGUUGGCUGCUUUUCUGAAACCAUCAGUGAAUGCCAGUCAGACAAUUCAGAGUGAAUAUUUAGAUAUUGAAAGCAAAGUCAUCAAAGAAGAAUGCUAUGAAGAGAAUAUAGACUUUAAUUUGAAAGCCAAAGGGGACACGAUGAAGAUUGGAUGUUCCACAAUAGACGAAUCUGGAUCUUCAGGGACUUCCGGGGUGGCUUUUGCCUCCUUUGAGGGCAUGGAGUCUGUUUUAGAUGAGAGCUUCUUCCAAGACCUUCAGGCCCCCUUGAACAACUCCAAGAGGAAGCUGAAGAUGAAUUCUCGCAUUGUCCGAGGCAUCUUGACUGGCGAGAAGGACAAUUUCUCAAAUCCAGUUACCUACACUUUGGAGAACAUCCAGCCAAAGCAGAAGUUUGAGAGCCCCAUCUGUGUUUCCUGGGACAUGGAUGUGGAGGGCGGGAGGUGGACAUCCUCAGGCUGCGUGAUCCUCAGUGCUUCCAAGACACACACCGUCUGCAGCUGUAAGCGUUUUGUGAACCUGGCCAUCAUCAUGGCUUCUACAGAGCUCACGAUGGAGUACUCCUUGUACAUCAUUAGCCACAUGGGCCUGACCAUCUCCCUGGUGUGCCUCGCCUUGGCCAUCGCCACAUUCCUGCUGUGUCGUUCCAUUCGCAACCGCAACACCGACCUCCACCUGCACCUCUGCAUGUGCCUCUUCCUGGCCAAGAUUCUCCUCCUCACCAGUGUAGACAAGACCAACAACCAGUUGGGAUGCGCCAUUAUCGCUGGCCUUUUGCACUACCUGUUCCUUGCCUGUUUCUUCUGGAUGCUAGUGGAAGCUGCCAUGCUGUUCCUAAUGGUCAGGAACCUGAAGGUGGUGAAUUACUUCAGUUCUCACAACAUCAAAAUGCUGCACAUGUGUGCCUUUGGCUAUGGACUGCCAGUGCUGGUGGUGGUUGUCUCUGCCAGUGUACAGCCACAGGGCUACGGGAUGCAUAAUCGUUGCUGGCUUAAUACAGAGAUGGGAUUCAUCUGGAGUUUCCUGGGGCCAGUUUGCAUAAUCAUUAUGGUCAACUCCAUCCUCCUCACUUGGACCCUGUGGAUCCUGAGGCAGAAACUUUCCAGUGUCAAUGCCGAAGUCUCGACACUCAAAGACACCAGGUUACUGACGUUCAAAGCCUUUGCCCAACUCUUCAUCUUGGGCUGCUCUUGGGUGUUGGGCAUUUUCCAGAUUGGAGCCAUGGCCAGUUUCAUGGCCCAUCUGUUCACCAUCAUCAACAGCCUGCAGGGUGCCUUCAUCUUCCUCAUUCAUUGCCUGCUCAACCACCAGGUGCGAGAAGAAUACAGGAGGUGGUUCACAGGGAAGAUCAAGCCCAGCUCUCAGUCCCAGACCUCAGGGGUCUUACUGUCAUCCCUGCCCUCCACAUCCAAAAUGGAUCUGGUGAUUUUGAAGAUGAACCUGAAAAGCAAAGAUGAAAAUGCGGUCGUGUGA